GGAAGGCCACUGAUAUGUUCUGAGUGUGGGAAAUGUUUUACAUACAAAUCAGAUCUUGUUAUACAUCAGAGAAGUCACACAGGUGAGAAGCCAUUUCCAUGUUCUGAGUGUGGAAAAUGUUUUGCAAGCAAAUCAGAUCUUAUUAAACAUCAGAGAAGUCAUACAGGUGAGAAGCCAUUUUCAUGUUCUGAGUGUGGGAAAUGUUUUACACGGAAAUCAUAUCUUGUUACACAUCAGCGAACUCACACAGGUGAGAAGCCAUUUCUUUGCUCUGAGUGUGGGAAAGGUUUUGCAAACAAAUCAGAUCUUGUUAAACAUCAGAGAAGUCACACAGGUGAGAAGCCAUUUCCAUGUUCUGAGUGUGGGAAAUGUUUUACACGGAAAUCAUAUCUUGGUACACACCAGCAAACUCACACAGGUGAGAAGCCAUUUCUAUGCUCUGAGUGUGGGAAAUGUUUUGCAAACAAAUCAAAUCUUGUUAUACAUCACAGAAGUCACACAGGUGAGAAGCUGUUUUCUUGCUCUGAGUGUGGGAAAUGUUUUACACAAAAACCACAUCUUGUUAUACAUCACAGAAGUCACACAGGUGAGAACCCAUUUCCAUGUUCUGAGUGUGGGAAAUGUUUUACACAGAAAUCAUAUCUUGUUACACAUCAGCGAACUCACACAGGUGAGAACCCAUUUCCAUGUUCUGAGUGUGGGAAAGGUUUUGCACACAAAUCACAUCUUGUUAAACACCAGAGAAGUCACACAGGUGAGAAGCCAUUUUCUUGCUCUGAGUGUGGGAAAUGUUAUACACAAAAAUCACAUCUUGUUAUACAUCACAGAAGUCACACAGGUGAGAACCCAUUUCCAUGUUCUGAGUGUGGGAAAUGUUUUACACAGAAAUCAUAUCUUGUUACACAUCAGCGAACUCACACAGGUGAGAACCCAUUUCCAUGUUCUGAGUGUGGGAAAGGUUUUGCACACAAAUCACAUCUUGUUAAACACCAGAGAAGUCACACAGGUGAGAAGCCAUUUUCUUGCUCUGAGUGUGGGAAAUGUUAUACACAAAAAUCACAUCUUGUUAGACAUCAGCGAACUCACACAGGUGAGAAACCAUUUCCAUACUCUGAGAAAUAAAUCAGCUCUUGUUGCACACAAUAGACAUCACUCAGUUGAGGAACCAUUUUAAUCUUCUGGAGUAUACUCAUCAUUGCCAUGCGUUGUUCUUCAAGGUUCUUAUCCUAUCUCCUAUGCUUUUUGCAAUAUACAUGUUACCACUGGGUGAAAAAAUCAGAUGUCAUGUCCUCAUCUACCACUGCUAUACAGAUGACCUGUCUUUUGCUCCAGGUACUGAGAACCCAGUACCAAUCCUAAAUGGUUGUCUAGCUGAGCUCCAGGUGUGGGUGAUGCCAGUUGGCUGUGACUCAGUCCUGGUGAAACAGGUCUAUAUGGUAAAAGCUCACCAACAAAGAGCAGGGCUACAGCUCAGCUUUGCAA